CUCGGGAGUCUGUCAAACAAACCUACUUUAUCUCCAGAGCAACCAUAUAAUAGAUCCAUGAGAGCAACACUAAAGUAGAAAUAAACGUACCUACCGACCGAAUAUAAAUAUAUACUAUACUGGAAGCGAGAAUGAGCCAGGACUGUACCAAGAAGCUACAAACCGCAACAAGAGAAAAACUGAGGAAACUAAACUUCCUGCGCGGUCGACAGGUGCAGCCGGGUGAGUUUUGGGACGUGGUGGUGGUGACGGCUGUGGACGGGAGCCAGAGAGAGGCGUACGAGCGACAGAUCAGUGACAAAAUACACAGGAAAGAGCUCCCUCUCGGAACUCAGUACAAGGUCUUCUCAGACCCCCCUGGAUCCAAGAUAGGGAAUGGGGGCUCCACGCUGUGCGCCCUGCAGCAGCUCAGUGACGCCUACGGGAGGACUCUGAGCAGCCUGAGAGUCAUCAUGAUACACGCAGGUGGGUUCAGUCAGCGUCUACCCAGUGCUAGUGCUCUGGGAAAGAUCUUCAUGGCCUUGCCGCUGGGUGACCCUAUUUACCAGAUGCUGGAGCUUAAACUGGCCAUGUACGUGGAUUUCCCAUCACAGAUGAACCCUGGUAUCCUAGUGACGUGUGCAGAUGACAUUGAGCUCUAUAGUGUAGAGGACGGCCAGAGUGUAAAGUUUGAUAAACCCGGCUUUACAGCUUUAGCCCACCCCUCUCCGCUGUCUGUGGGAACUACCCAUGGUGUGUUUGUGCUGGACUCGCAGGAGAAGUCCUUUUCCUCAGAAAUGGAGAACGCUUCCUGUCUGCACUUUCUGCACAAGCCAAGCGUCACUAAGAUGCGGGAAAGUGGAGCUGUGUGUAAGGGGCAGAUCGGACUGUUUCCUGUGCCUGACACUGAAUUUGUCUACACAGACAGUGCAUAUUAUGUCCACUUUGAUACUGCAAAUUCUCUCCUGAACAUACUGCAAGAAUUGGGACCUUUGGACUGUGAGAUUGAUGCUUACGGGGACUUCCUUCAAGCACUGGGCCCUAAAGCUACGAUAGAGUACACAAGCAACAUUGCUAAUGUCACCAAAGAGGAGAGCAGUCUGGUCAAGAUCCGCCAGAAGAUCUUCCACAUCCUCAAAGGGACACCUCUGAAUGUCAUUCUUCUCAACAACUCCAAGUUUAUUCACAUUGGAACUACUUCAGAGUACCUCUUUCACCUGACUGAGGAUGAGGUGCUGAGGAGUGAGCUGGGUUUCCUGUCAUCUGCCUUCAGCGUGCAUGUAAACCAGCACUCCGAGGGCUCCUCUGAGCGCUGUGUUAUGCACAGCAUCCUUGAUCCCGAUUGCCGUGUGGGAUCUGGAUCAGUGGUGGAGUACUCUAGACUGGAAGCCGGUGUGUCAGUGGGUGAGGGCUCAAUCAUCAGCAGCUGCUGGGUCAGUCCGGGUCUCUCAGUACCUGAUGGAGCCUUCAUGCACUCUCUGUGUGUGACCCACCGGAAUCAAUCUGCAUUUGUUACUGUCUUUUUUGGGAUUAAGGACAACUUGAAACACAGUGUGGAUGCUCCUGCUUACUUGGAAGAGCUGGAGGUCUUUGGGUUCAGCCUGUCAAAGUGCCUGUCCAUCUGGGGGGUUGAAAAUGAAGCCCUAAAGUUCUCUGGUAAUGCGUCCAGUUGUAGUUUGUGGAGCGCUUGUUUGUUUCCUGUUUGCUCUGAGCAGCAAAGCUCCUUCUCAAUGUCUCUCAGGAUGCUGCAGGCCGUCCUGAGUGGCUCUCCAAGCCCUCUACCAAAAAACAUACGACUCAUUUCAAUGCAGGAUUGUUUACAGUGUAAGAACUUGGCGGAGAUGUUGAAGUUCAGGAAGGGACUACAUGACGACAUCAAACAGAGGAGAGCAGGCAAAUAAAAUACCAAUUUUUGCACAUCAGUAAAUCAAAUGUAAAUGUCUUUGUGAUCAGUUUGAGUCCAGAUGGCAUAGUUUUCUGUAAUUCAUUGAUAUCCGGACUAAUAACUAAAUUGUCAGCAAUAUUAUGAUUUUGUCAUAAAAAAUUAUAUUGAAUAAUUGAUUGUAAAGUUUGUCUUUUGGCUUUUUAAGAACAUGGCAAUAUAUUUGCAUUUUUAAAGAGCUCAUAUGUUGGUUUAUAGGUGUGUGACAUUAUUUUCAGUGCUUCUUUGAAUGUGUUUACAUACUUUUAUAUACAAAGAAAAAUCAACCACCUUCACAGUUUCUCUCGUGACUAAUAUGAAGCACCCUCUUUUAGCUCCUAUGUCCUCAAAGCUCCUCCUUUAAAAGGCACAAGUUCCUCUGAUAUUUGGAUUGGCAGCAUGUGCCGUUGUUUAUCUUGGUUAUCUCUGCGUUGGCCCAGUGAUGGGCAGGUUGCCUGUCUGGGGUCGUACCCUGUUUCUCAGCUGGGAUAGCUUCAUGCCCUACUGUGACCAUGUAAAAACGUUUGCAUCAAGAUUAUUGUCUUCCAUGUGUACUGUCAGGGAAUGCUAACCAAACAGCCAGGGGUAGUGAACGUUACCCUAAAAGGCUUUAAAAGGUGGCAUGAAAAUAUUGGUAUUUUUGACCUUACAAUAGUUUGAUUUAACUGUACAAUGUUGCCUUCUAAUGACUUAGCUUUUUUGUUGUUGUUGGUGUAUAUAAAUGGGAAAAGAAAGUAAUUCCCUUCAGCUUGCUCCUGCAGCCACCAACAGCAUCUCUGCCAAAGACAUCAGACAGAAAUUAUGUAAAUAUGAUGAUGUACUUAAUGAUGUUUAUUAGCAAGAAAAAGAGAUGGACUGCCAAUGUGUUUUUUGUAAGAGCAUAAAAGAAAAAACUGUAGAAUAUGUAAUUUUGAAAGAAAUAGUCACUUUUAGUUAAGUUUUUUUCCCCCCACCCCCCCAGAUGUUACUCUUUAUGUACCUAAUGUAUAUGUAUAAUGUAUGCUUUGUUUUCUUUUUUCCGCAAACUCUGAAAAGGGAAGGAAGGAAGGAACUGUACAUAAAAGGCAAAUAGCCAUAACAUAAGUAUAAAAACUGUAAAUAUACAAAGUUUUUUUGCGUUUAGUUCAGAAAAUAAGGACCAUAGGAGGAAAUUUUAUUUUAAACAUCCGUUUGCACGAACUACUUUAAAAAAAAAUGUGUAUUUCAGUAUGUGGUGUACAAUUAUGGAACUCCUUAACAAUUGAUUUAAAGAAUUGUAAAAAUAUUCACCAGUUCAAGAAAUUGUAUAAAGACAACAUAAUCAGGCAAUAUGAAUUUAACGGGUAAAAUAUCUUUUGUUGUUUUUUUGUUUUUGGUGUUGUUGGUGAGUUAUUGUGUAUGUUUUCUUAUUUUUUGUUUUGUUUUGUUUUUUUCUUUUUUUUUUUAUUAUUAUAUAAGCAGCGUCUGUUGAACAGACGGACAGACCAUCUUCAUAUGUAUUGUUUUAUUUUUUUGAGAAAGGGGCUUGUAAUAUAAGGCUUUCUUCUUCUUGCCCCUUUUCAAUCAUGGAAUGGAACAUGUAUGUGAACAACCAUUUCCAUGAUAUGGAAUAUAUAAAAUUGAAAUGAAAUUAAAUGAAAUAAAUAAAACGAGUGUAA